AGUGAUGGAUUCUGUUUCUUUCCACCGUUAUAUCUGCGACCUGGAUCUCAGUUCCUUGCCUAGAGUGGUAAAGAUCUGCUCUGGUGUCUACUUCCAAGGAUCCGUUUACGAAGUCUGGGGCAGCGAGUGCUGCUUAUCGACAGGAGACCUGAUGAAAAUCGUGGAUGUUCAACUCCAGAACGUCACCUGCAAGAAUGUGCAGAACGAACACAGUUUUGAGCUUCCACUGGAUUUUAAAGGUCUUUUUCAGCCCAGCUCAGCAACACCAUGUGGAAACCAGAGGAAACCUAUUCCUUUCCGCAAGGACAACUGUCAACAACAAAAACUCUACACGCUCCGGGAGGUCUUGCAGUCAGCGGCCAUGCGGCAGAAGAGGCUGAAAUGUGCCGAAAUUGGCUGGAGUGAGUUCCAGCUCUAUCCUGUAUAUAAAGUGGAAGCAAUAAUGCAUUUUCGAAACGACGUUGUGAAAAUUAACUCGACGCUGGAUGUCGAGGUGGUCGACGUCACUGCUGAGGCUCAGCACAUCCAUUUCAUCAAGCCGCUGAUGCUGAGCGAGGUCCUGGCGAUGGAGAUGUUGCUGCCAGCGGAGGCCGAGCUCCUUGAGGGCCCCGAGAGCCUGUCUGUCUUCCAAAGCGACUGGGCCUCCCACCUCCACAAGGGCCAGCGGAUUCACAUCCACAGCAAGACGUCAUCCUGCAAGAUCCUGGCCUCCGCCCGCAAAGGAAAGGCCCGGACCUGCCACUUCCUCAUCUCCAGUGGCUACAAGGGCCGCUUUCGUCGAAGCCCACGCAAAUUCUCCUCCACUUCAGAGCUGGCCCUCAGCUUAGUCCCAGGCAAGAAGCUGCAGGUAGUGGUCACCAAGGACUACGACAGUAGCGAUGGGGAAUUUCCCUUGUUCAGUGAAGGAGACCGGCUAGAGGUGCUGAGAUUUGUGAGGGCUGGCAAUCUCUCAAGCACAGACAUGCUUGUGUGCUGCAGGGACAACGGAGAUGAAGACAGGGAGCAGAUCCAGGUGCCCCUGUUCUUGGAUGCUGGCUUUAUGGAGGAUGUCCGUGACAGCAGGAGAUAUACCCUGGCUGAGGCAGUAGAGCACCUCCGGCUGCCUUGCGAGGUCAAGGUGAUUGCCAGCGACUGUGGCUCUGAUCCUCUACGUGGUUGCUCUGUGCUUACCCUUGAGACCCAAAUCAAUGAGCCUUUUCUCACUGUCAGCUUGGCUAAAGAGCCUCACCUCGCCUUUGAGAUCCCUCCCCAGUGGCUAGACAUGUCUCUCUUCUUCACCCGAGAUCCAGUGAAGUCCACACCUCCUACCUGCACUUGCAGUGUAGAAGAGCUGACGGAGGCCUUUUAUUAUCUUUUGCUAAAGCAGCUGCCCAGCAGUGGCCCAGCACCUCCAAGACCACCAAAGCGAAAGGACUCCAAGCCCAAAAAGGAUGCUCAGAAGGCCAUAGAAGGGGAGAAGGAUGCAGCAAAAACCUCUAAGGUCCCUUCCAGCAAGUCCAACAUUGUGUCUCAAGAGCCUGCUGGGCUCGAGAAAAUAACCACAGAGUACGGUACCUUGAACAAACCAAACCAGUACAACAUAGAAUAUGGUCCUCCACGAUUCCAGAGGCCGACCAAACCCUGGAAACAACCUGAAAGCACAACCUUUUCCGAUGAUUCGGACCAUGACUAUGAAGAAAUUGACGAAAAGGUGAAAGAAGUUGUUCACAAAAUACAAAGAGCCGCUAUUAAACACUGAGACUUUUGCCUAUGCAGUUACAGCUGUUUUUCAAUUCUCUCUCCCCGCUUGUCAUAAAAGUGGCUGCUUGUUCUCAUCUUUUCCCCAUUAUUUUUUUGGGGGCAGCAAUGGCCUCGCUUUAGAGAUGACGGCUGGGAGAGACAGCAGAUUGGCUAAACCAGCACAAGUGGUCCACUAUCUCCUUUCCCCAGA